UCAGAUGAAAUAAGUAUACUGUGUCGAUCCUUCUAGCCCAUUUGUGUUCGAUUCGAUAUAGCGUUGUAACCUUUUAAUUAUAGUUAGUGCCGCUCCAGAAACACGAUUGAACCAAACAUAAGACCAAACCAAAACGUGAUCCAUCACGACCAAGUAUUUAUCUAGAAUUUGUUUCGUCCGAUUCAAAUAGCACGGGAGAAAUCGAGACUACAAGUUAUAUUAACGCAGUUUCUUCCUUCAACAUCAUGGCAGAGUCCAUUGAAAAAACUGCUGAAACAAACCAAUGGACGCAAAAGAUUCAAACAGUAAAACGAACAUCCAGCAUCAAUCGCACAGCUCAGCUUGUGAGAAGUACAACUGUUAACGAGAUAACAGAGAAAGAUCCACUUGCUGUAGAUUUUAUUCAAAUCAAGAAUUACGAUACGCAAGAUAGGGCAUCUACGUGUAUCCGGUCCGGCCCGGCCGACCCAAACACCGACGUCUUUUUAUCUGAGCAUUUAUCCGAACCAUUUAAUUCUGCGCGAGCCUUGUCAAUGAUGAGACAAAAUCGGGACGUUGCAACCGGCCCAUUGACUCCGUCCUUACCUACAGUACCUACAGUAUCCGUAGAUUCUCGCGUACAGAAGAGAUCGACUGAUGCAAGACGCAGAAAAGGCGGUGUCGUUCGUGUAAGAACACCUGGCGACGGCGAAUGCGAUAAGAGAAAAACACAAUCAGAAUCGUUUGCUCGAGAAGACGAAAUAAAAACAAAUAAUAAAAUGUACACAGAGGCCAAUGAAACCACGUCAAAUGGAAUCGCAAAGGUAUUUUCCACCAGCAGGCACUACAGUCAAUUAAUCAAAAAAGGCCAACCUAAUGUUUACUUGUUGAACGCCAAGGAAACAUCCAUUGGUGAGGAUUUCCGUUGUUUCGACAUCGGACAGCCGGAAGGUACACCGUCGUCAUUCGGUAUGCAAAAUCACAAAGUCAUCAUCUUGAUGGGCGCCACCGGAUGCGGCAAGAGCACGCUCAUCAACGGAAUGGUCAACUACAUCCUCGGCGUCAAAUGGGACGAUCUGUUCCGCUUCAAAUGUGUCCGUGAAACGACCACCAGGAAUCAAGUGCACAGUCAAACGAAUUCGGUGACAGCUUACACACUUCGCCACCAUGACGGGAUGGCCGUUCCGUAUUCGAUCACGAUUAUCGACACGCCCGGAUAUGGGCACAUAACAGAAAACAAAAGAGAUAGAGAGACUACGCGCAAAAUUCAGGAGUUUCUGACUCAACAGGAGACUCGUGUCGACGAAAUUCACGCAGUCUGUUUUGUGGCCCCUUCGGGAAACGGCCAAUUAACGGCUUCCCAGCGUCAUGUUAUAGAUUCCGUGCUGUCCGUUUUCAGUAAAGACGUCAAGGAGAACAUUCGCCUACUUGUGACGUUCGCAGACAACGCCCAUCCUCCCGUAGUUGAGGCCUGCCUGGCUGCCAACUUUCCUGUUACAUCCGCGUCGGCCGGAAUCACGUUCAGCAAAUUUAACUGUUCCGUCCUCUACGCGUCAAAUCGGCAACAUGAAGAGGACGGCCCUUGUUUCGACGAAUUAUUCUGGGAUAUGAGCCAAGAGCAUUUUCACAAAUUUUUUACGAUGUUGGAAGGAAUGAACGGCAAGGACUUGAAAUCAACUCGCAACGUCAUCCAGAGUCGCAGACUGUUGGAACAGUCGUUGAAAGACAUCGAACAAGAGUUGGAAGUCUGUUUUGCCAAAAUCGAAAAUAUGGAAAUUUUCCAAAGGAAAAUGAGGGAAUACGGGCACAAAAUGGAGACUGAUACAAAUUUUAGCUUUGAAAAGACGGAAAUGCGCCUCACUGAAAUGUUUUGCGAAAAAGGAUUCUUUGCUUACAACUGUCGUCGUUGCAGUGACACUUGUGAAAAGCCAAACAAACUAAAAUAUUCAGAAAGGCAGCAAAAAAGAAAAUGCGAGUUCUGUACUUGCCCGGCUUCAGAACACGAAUACCAGCAAUUCGAAUGGCGUCUGACUCCAGUUAAAAUUACGACGACUCCGAAGGACAUGAAAGCCGAAUACGAAUCGAAUUACGAUAGGAAAGUCUUUGUUGAGCAACUUCUCGCUGACAACUUGGACGAAUUGAAUGUGGCGAAAGCCAAAGUAUUUAGUUUGCUGGAACAGAUGGGCAUCAAUGUCCGUUCACUGGAAUCGACAGCUCUUCCCUCAAAUGCGCUCACUCCGUCCGACUACCUGAGUCUGAUGAGAAGCCGUGUCGCCGAGGAACAAGCGCCCGGUUACCUGACACGAUUAGAAACAUUAACGGAACUACAGAAUUGUUUAGCCGCCGAUGCAUCAGCCUCUGCGUUAUAUAAGACGACACAUAGUAUUCCUGAUCAGACUCACCGAUUAUCUAAAACCGAUGGAGCAACUCAGAAAGUAAAUUACGGAUUCACAACAUCUCAACACGUUAAUAAUGCUGACGACUAUCGGAUGGCUACUAUAAAUACCGCUGGUGCUUCUAGCAAUUAUUCCUCUGGAUAUCAUACAAGAACUGCUACUGGCCCUAGCCUCAACCAAAAUCAUCCUGUUUAUAAUUUAAUGGAAAGAACAAAUCCAGAGAAAGGAGGGGCAGAUUUUUUCGGCGAAAAUAAUCAGUCGGUUAUGACAAGACAAGUGACUGCCAAAUGCGAUUCUUUGCAAACGCUCAAAACGCACGGAUUACAUCGAGGAGAUAAGUUAAACCAGUGGAAUUCCACAAUUCCACAAGAGAAUUGUUGGAAAGAAAAUGUUAGCGAUAAACAAGGCGAAGGUGAUAAACAUGAGGUACAAACAAGUGCCAUUAAAGCAGCGAAUAAAUUUUCAGCAGUAUAUGAUGUACAACUUCAAUUAGUAGAACAAUCGCUCAAAGUCGCUGAAAAAGAGUUGGCAACCACGCAACAGGAAAUUUCAGACAAAAUAGAAAUUAAAUCGAAUGCGGAUGCCAUAACUGGAAGUGCGGAUACAGGGCAAGAUUUUAUUGUCCAUGAAAUUGAGAAAAUGAAGGUACAUGAUAUUGCAGAAGGGAGACCGUCAAGCACAGCAUCCACAGCAGCCGAUUGUAUCCAUAAGAGUUCUGCUGCUGCUGGAGAGAAGCAAAUAAAACAACGAAGUGACAGCAACGACCGGGAAACACAUGCCGAACAGUCUGAUCCAAAGCUCAAUAGAUUCGAAUCCGGAUUGCAGUUGAAUUCCGAACGUCAUGUCGGAAAUCAGUUCGAUUCUUCACGUGAAGAAACAGACGGAACUACUAAAGAUGGAGAAACGCGUUGCAAAAUCAACACUGACAAAGACGAUACAAAACAAGAAAAGAGCUACGACGAUGGAAGAAGUGGAAUGAAGCACAAAGAGUCUCCGUCAAAUCGAAGAAUCGCUGAAAUAUUUUUAGAUACCAGUGAACAAUUUUGCACAUUAAUAAAAAAGGGCCGGCCUAAUGUUUACUUGUUGAACGCAGAGGAAACGUCAACUAGUGAGGAUUUUCGGUGGUUCGACAUUGGGCGAUCUCAUAUUUUCGCUUUGCCAUCGAAAAGCAAUCGUAAUCACAAGGUAAUUAUUUUUAUGGGCGCCACCGGAUGCGGCAAGAGCACGCUCAUCAACGGAAUGGUCAACUACAUCCUCGGUGUCAAAUGGAACGAUCCUUUCCGCUUCAAAUGUGUCCGUGAUGAUGAAACGACCGCCAAGUACCAAGCGCACAGUCAAACGAGUACAGUAACGGCCUACACUCUUCGCCACCAUGACGGGAUGGCCGUUCCUUAUUCGAUCACGAUCAUCGAUACGCCAGGAUACGGAGACACGAGAGGAGUUCAAAGGGACAAGGAAAUCACGCGCAAAAUUCAUCAAUUUCUGACUCAACCGGAAACUCGUGUCGACGAAAUUCACGCCGCAUGUUUCGUGGCCGCUUCCGGAAAUAGCCGGUUGACGCCUACCCAGAGCUAUAUUAUAGAUUCUGUGCUGUCCAUCUUCGGUAAAGACGUCAAGGAGAACAUUCGCUUGCUGGUAACCUUCGCAGACAAUGCCCAUCCUCCCGUAGUUGAGGCCUGCCUGCUGGCUGCCAACUUUCCUGUUCCAAUCACGUUCAGCAAAUUUAACAGUUCCGUCCUCUACGCAAACAACGAACAUCAAGGAGAAGACGAUUUCUGUUUCGACGAAUUAUUCUGGGAUAUGGGCCAGGAGAAUUUUCACAAAUUUUUCACCAUGCUGGAGAAAAUGAACGGCAAGGACUUGAAAUCGACUCGCAACGUCAUCCAGAAUCGCGGACUGUUGGAAAAGUCGUUGAGAGACAUCGAGCAAGAGCUGGAAGUUUGUUUUGUUAAAAUCGAAAAUAUAGAAAUAUUCCAAAGGAAAAUGAGGUUAUAUGGGCACAGGAUGGAAUCUAAUAAAAAUUUCAUCGUUGAAAAGACGGAAAUGCGCCUCAUUGAGAUGUUAUGCGAAAAAGGAUACUUUGCUUACAACUGUCGACGUUGCGGGAAGACUUGCGAAAAGCCUAACAAACUAAAAUAUUCAGAAAGGCUGCAAAAAAGAAAAUGCGAGUUCUGCACUUGCCCGGAUUCAGAACACGAAUACCAAACAUUCGAAUGGCGUUUGACUCCAGUAAAGAUUACAACGACUCUGAAGGACAUGAAAGCCGAAUACGAAUCGAAUUACGGUAGGAAAGUAACUGCUGAGCAACUUCUCGCUGACAACUUGGACGAAUUGAAUAUGGCGAAAGCCAAAGUGUUCAGUUUGCUUGAACAGGUUGGCAUCAGCGCCCGUAAACUAGAUUCGACAGCUCUGCGUUCAAAUGCAUUAAGUCCGUCCGACUACCUGAGUCUGAUGAGGAGCCGUGUCGCCGAGGAACAAGCACCCGGUUACCUGACACGAUUGGAAACAUUAACGGAACUGCAGAAUUGUUUGGCGGCCGAUGCAUCAGCCUCUGCGUCGCAUAAGACGGCACGUAGUUUCCCUAACCAGCAGACGCACCGAACAUCGAACACUGGUGGAGCAUCUCACAGAGGAAAUUAUGGGUCGAAAACAUGUCAACAUUCUCAACACGGCACCGUUGACGACUUUCGGAUAACUAGUACAAAUUCCGCUGCUGGUGCUUCCAAUUAUUCCUCUGGCUAUUAUACGAGAGUUGCUAGUGGCCCUAGCCACCCCAGUAUAAUAAUCAAUCGGCUAUGACAAGACGAGGAACUUCGGAUAGUAAAGAGGGCUACUCUUCCGAUGAUAACAAAGACAAAAAAGGUAUCCUUGCUAGGGCAAGGGAUUUUCUUUUUAACACGUGACUUUUAUUCUUCAAACCGCCAUUUUUAUUGUUGUGCGUUUUUUUUUUGCACUCUUACAUUUGGGAUUUCGUUGGGUUAAAAUUUGAAAUUCAAGAAGAAUUUGUUAAAUACAAAGCUCAUUUAAAAGAAGCUUCGGCUUAUGGAUCAACAAACUAGAAUAAAAGAUGUAAAACAAA